UCUGGGAUCAUGACUUGAGCCACCCAGGCAUCCCAUGAUGUACAUUUUUUGAGUAGUGGCCUAUAGAAAUGGAUUCCUCCUCUCAGCAGUGUGUUGGUUUGAAGAACCAUUUGGUUAUGUCAUAUUUUAACUGUUUUGAUGGGCAACUGGAUCUAAUUUUGAGGAUUUCACUAGAAUAUUGUUUGGAGAAAGUAUCAUGGAAGUUCUGCGCCCACAGCUUGUAAGAAUUGGUGGACGGAUUUACAGAAAAAAUCCCAUCCAAGAACAGACUUAUCAACAUGAAGAAGAUGAUGAAGACUUCUAUCAAGGCUUUGUGGAGUGUGCAGAGGAGCCCUGUGAUGCCUACGAGGUGGUGCCGACCCAACAAGGUUUCCGGUGUACCGUGAAGGCCCCCAGUUUGCUCUACAAGCACAUAGUUGGCAAAAGAGGGGACACUAGGAAGAAACUAGAAGUGGAAACCAAAACCUCUAUUAGCAUUCCUAAGCCUGGACAAGAAGGAGAAAUUGUAAUCACUGGCCAGCAUCGAAGUGGUGUAAUUUCAGCUCGAACUCGGAUUGAUGUUCUUUUGCUCACUUUUAGAAGAAAGCAACCCUUCACUCACUUCCUUGCCUUUUUCCUCAAUGAAGUUGAGGUUCAGGAGCGAUUCCUGAAGUUCCAGGAGGAAGUACUGGAGAAGUGCUCCAUGGAUCAUGGGGUUGAUAGCACCAUUUUCCAGAAUCCCAAAAAGCUUCACCUAACCAUUGGAAUGUUGGUGCUUUUGAGUGAGCAAGAGAUCCAGCAGACAUGUGAGAUGCUACAGCAGUGUAAAGAGGAAUUCAUUGAUGGCAUUUCUGGGGGGAAACCCCUAGAAGUAGAGAUGGCAGGCAUAGAAUACAUGAACGAUGAUCCUGGCAUGGUGGAUGUUCUUUAUGCCAAAGUCCAUAUGAAAGAUGGCUCCAACAGGCUGCAGGAAUUAGUCGAUCGAGUGCUGGAACGUUUUCAGGCAUCUGGACUAAUAGUGAAAGAGUGGAAUAGUGUGAAACUCCAUGCGACAGUGAUGAACACUCUAUUCAGGAAGGACCCCAAUGCUGAAGGCAGGUACAAUCUCUACACAGCAGAUGGCAAAUACAUCUUCAAGGAAAGAGAAUCAUUUGAUGGGCGAAACAUUUUAAAGCUGUUUGAGAACUUCUACUUUGGUACCCUGAAGCUUAAUUCAAUUCACAUCUCUCAGAGGUUCACAGUAGACAGCUUUGGAAACUACGCCUCCUGUGGGCAAAUUGACUUCUCCUGAGGUGGAUCUUGGGAAGCGCUAGAAGUUGAACAUCCUCACAAGGGUCUACCUUUCUUGCUGAAGUUCUUCUCUGGAAAUGUACGUCUCAAGCCCAUUGGAGCUGAGAUUCACGUUAUUUCUUAUACACCUACUGAUUUUGCUCCAGCCAUUAAAGUUUCAUAUUAAUACUUUAAAAGAGAAUUAAAGAUGUGGUUUUGUUACUCUCUCCACCUAAA